AUGCAACUCUUUUGAUAUGAUUUAGAUUAACAAAAUGAUAAAAUUAAAAACAAUACAAACUUCUCCACCUUUUGGUCGACAGAUCCUUGCCUUACAUCCAGAUUCCAAAGAUACUUCACUGACUAAAAAUGAAAAAUGGUUUAUAUCAGUUGAUGAAAGAAAUGAUGAAGUUGAAGAGGAGGAGGAGAUAUAUUGGAGAGGCUGCACUGUGGUUAUCAGUUCCUUUGAUGCUUGUGCGAAAAAUUGUUUUUUAAAAAAAUGCUACACUGUUGAUACAGACAUCAGAGAAGUAUUUUACACAUACUUUCAUCUCAAAGAAAAGAACUCCAAACCAUGUAGAUGUUUGUGCAUUAUGGAGAAAGAAUGUUUGAAUGUGUUUACAGAAGCUGGAGAGUUAUUUAUUGCACCUCUCCCUUUCAAGGUGAAAAGAAUAUGGGCCUUGCAUAAUGGCGUCUGUGUUGAAAGAGAAACUUCACUUGAGUUAGAACUUGAAAAGAAAUCAAUGCCAACAUUAUUUAGUCUAACGCAUCCUUUGGAAGAUUUCAAGCCAAUUGUGUAUCGUUACCAAGACAGUCGGAAGCCAAUGUAUUUCACAGAUACAACUCAACAUAUUGUAUUUACGGAGCCUGACACUUGCCUUAUUCUAACGUAUGACUCUGUGUUGGGAUUGCACUCUCUAUGGAAAGCGAGAAAAGCAUUGGAACAAGAUUUUCCGGAGGGGCUUAGCCAUCAAGACAGCCUGCCAGAAUUUUUAGCAUUUUGUAAUCAUUCAACAAAUAUGGCAGAUAUAAACAAUCAGUCCAGAUUGUCAUUAUCACCUGCACCAAAUAAGCGUCAUUCAUGUCCACCAAUUUCUCUUCACUAUGGCAACAAGCAUAGAGUUUCUCCAGCAAAAUGUAAUUCACCUAUGGUGAAGCACUACUCACCGUCAGUACCAAACCAUUUUCUUAGAGGAUCACCUCAACAAGCCUUUCAUGAUUCAACUGUAAACGGGGACUUUUCAGCACCACGGAAAUCACGUUUGUCAUCACCAAUGAUGUUUCGUAUGUCGUGUGAUGAAAGUGUCAUUGAAGAUGAUUUGGAGCCACUACCACCAGAUAUAUGUCUAGACCAAGUAUGGCAAGAGCAAGGCAACAUGAUUAGGCAUGGGAUAAAAGGAAAAGCAGAAGAAGGCUUUAUAACAAAAGAUUUUAGUGGAAAACAAUAUGUAGGGUAUUUUAUUAAAGCACUAUCCAAAUUAAGACUGCUAAGGAUCAAGGAAAACUCAAAACAUGGAUCGAGUUUUGAAAAGGUUCUGGAAAUUGAAUGCUUUGGUUUUGGCAGUUUUCAGAAUUGUGCAAUGUUUGCUGUUUUGGAUUUGUCCGAAAAUAUUCAAUUGUACAGUGGUAAACAAAAGAUUGGUCCUGUUCAGCUGUCUGCUUCAGUGUUUAACAAAAAUAUCACAAAGCAGCAAUUAUCAUUAAAACAUUUUGGUGCCACAAGCUUUGUCGUUGAAGGAGGCAACGAAGCUGUGAGGAUAGAAAUCUCAGAGCUAACUUAUUCCACAACAGUAAAAUCAUGCAUCAAGGCUCUUGAGGAUGUUAUCACUGAACAAGAAUUUAAUCUUAUUGUUGCAAAAUAUUACACUUUGUUCCAUUCUGAUAGUAGUGGGUACAAUAAACAGAUUCACAUCAAUGAGUGGGAUAAAUUUCUUUCUGCAAGUCUGAAACUACUUGGUUUUCCAGAAUCUUCGACGAAGAGCUUAAAGGAAAACAUUACCAGCCCAGCUCCUCCACAGCCUAAGAAAGCUAAGAAAAGUGAUUCUCUUGUUGGGAUUGAGGAUUGGGAAUAUUUACUUCAAAAUCAAGUUAAUAAUAUGAUGCAAACAAAAGUGGAACAAAAAUAUAUUGUUGAAAUAAGUUUACAAAAAAAUGCACCAUUGUACAAACACAUAACUGCUGUAUUUACAAGUUGGCACAAACUUUACGAGGAAUUUAAACUUAACACUCUUUUUUUGGUGCAUUUGGUACACAUGGCUAAACUACUUCAUUAUCUUGCAAUUAUCCUCAACUCUAAAUCACACACAAAAAUCUACGAAACAGACUUUCCUACUCUUCAACAAAAGAAUGAUACUGUUUACAAACUGAAAGAAGAAUAUGUUGGUAAACCUCUAAGUAUUACUUCAUAUGACGAAUGUAACAUCCAUGAAAUAUUCAGUAAGAUGAUGCUUGCAGAAACAAAGUUCAACUGUGAUACGAAAAAGAAAACAACAGCUGUUUUAUCUAAAGUGUUCUCAGCCAUUGCUAAAUAUUCACAAAGUGAACACAAAGAGAAAAGGAAAGCGAGUCUAGAUGGACAGCCUUCAUUAUUUGAAAUUAUUACAGACAUCAUGCUGAAAGAAUCUUUCACACCAGACGAUUUGGCUAAACUUCCUUUGGGAUUUAAAAUGCCAAUAAAAGAAAUUUUAUAUCAUUACAAGAAUACAGAGAAUUUGAAUUUAAAUGCUAAGUCAGCCAAUUAUUUAGGUAGAGAAGAUUUUACAGCUUUGCAAAAGCAGAAACAUUUUCAUCAAGCGUUCAAACCCGCUUAUCAAAACACAGAUGAUCUUUCGGACUUUCAAACUGAGAUUUUUAAACUCAGAUUCAAUCAGGAUUUAAGGGUAAACGAGGUGAAGAGAUUGUUAAACUCCUCCAAACCUGUGAAUAUCACACUCAUUCAAAAACCUGAUGUCAACGAUCAUGCGUUUGCAAAAGAAGAAGAAGCUAAACUGCUACUUCUCAACAACAGAACAAUGGCUUUGCCUGUUGCUAGGGGUAUGUUCACACUGGGAACUUCUCAACCUGUUGCAUCUGAAACUGUAUCUAUACCAGUGUUGGAAUUGACAGGAAGGUCCACAACAAACAAUAAGACUGUCCAAGUCAACCAAACAGACGCUCCAGCAUCCAGACAGCUGUGGCCCUCGUUCCAUAACGGCGUGGCUGCAGGGCUUAAGAUUGCUCCUGGAGCAUCUCAGAUUGAUUCAACUUGGAUUCUUUUUAACAAACUAAAAUAUGCUGAUUUAACGGCUGAUCAUUCUGGUUUUUUGUUUGCACUUGGUUUAACUGGUCAUUUGUCUGUGUUGCCAAAGUGGAAUCUGCAUGAUUAUUUAAGCAAGGGACAUGAAUUGACUACUGUUGCGUUACUUCUGGGCAUCUCAACAACACAAAUAGGAUCGAGGAAUUCUGACACAUACCGAUUAUUGAGUUUACAUUUGGAUUCUUUACUUCCGCCGACUGCCUUAGAAUUGAAUGUACCACCUUCUAGUCAAGUGGCUGCUGUCGUGUCCCUGGGUUUGUUAUUUUUCCAAUCAGCGGACAGUCAUCUAGUUAAAGUUCUUCUCCACGAGAUAGGGAGGUCUCCUGGUCCAGAAUUGGAAAAUGCAUUUGAUCGUGAAAGUCAUGCACUUGGUGCUGGUUUCGCUUUGGGCAUGAUCAUGAUUAAUGAAGGUAAAGAUUCUCAAAUCGUUGGUGGUAUUAACGUUCAUGAUGUAUUGUAUCGAUAUGUGUUUGGUGGACAGAAAUACAACAAUAUACUUGGUACACACGAGAAAAUGCCAGUAAGCAGCUGUCAAAUUAAAGAGGGAGAUCUUAUCGAUACUAACGUUACUUCGCCUGCUGCUGUUAUCGCCAUCUCGUUAAUGUAUUUACGAACAAAUAAUAAAAAUAUUUCCAAUUGGCUGAAUGUUCCAAUUUUGGAUAGUGUCAUGGAUAUUAUGAAACCAGAUGACGCCUUGUUGAGGGUGUUAGCAUACAACCUUAUUAUGUGGGACAAUAUUGUACCGAGCACUGAAUGGCUAGAAGAAUUUAUUCCUGGUAUUACGUCUCUGUUUACAUCGGAUGAUAAUUUAAACAACGAUACGAUGAAGAGCAUACCGCUUCAAAUUCAAUAUUUGCUGAGUAUGGUCAGUGGUUGCUUACUUGCUUUGGGUUUGAAGUUUGCUGGAUCUGCUAAUCAAGCUUCGUUUGAUAUAAUGUUUCCCUGGAUUAAAAGAAUACAAAAUGUCAUGGGGUCACCAAUCUGUGAGGAGCUUCAUGCAAAGGUUCCGUUGGAGCAUUGCUUAAAUACAGUCCUGAUUUCAGUUUCUUUGGUGAUGGCAGGUACAGGUAGCAUCAAAGUUCUACGAGUUGCUCGACAGCUUCACAAAAGAUGUUCACCAGAUGUAUGGUAUGGUAACCAUAUGGCAUCUCACAUGGCUAUCGGAUUCCUCUUUCUUGGUGGCGGAAGAUACACAUUGAAAACAGACAAUCUAUCAAUCGCAUCACUGCUUUGUGCAGUAUAUCCGAAAUGGCCAAUAUCGAGCAAGGAUAACCGGUUCCAUUUGCAGGCGUUGCGACACUUGUACGUGCUAGCCUGUGAACAACGAUUAGCAGUGACGAGAGAUAUUGACAGUGAUCAGAUCUGUUACUGCCCACUACAAGUAACCCUAAUGGAAACUGAUGCAUAUCCCGAAACAGAUUUAAAGUUACUGUCACCUUGUCUUCUACCAGAGCUUAAAUGUAUAAAACAGAUCAAAGUCAUGGGUCCACGUUAUUGGUCUGUUACCUUAUCAGGGAAGAUCUCUCUUGAGAAGAUUAGCAAUAUCUUUGUGAAGAAGAAGUGCGGUCAUCUUUCCUAUUCUGAAGACCCGAAGGGCUACAGAAAACUGUUGGGACGAACAUUUAUAAGUCAAUCGGAUAAGUUGGAUUUGGUAAAAUCAUUCAAUUCGAAUCGUACCACCGCUUUGUUUGAACAAAUAUUUUGUAUACCUCUUCCAAAUAAAAGAAAAAGCAAGAAGUUAUAUGAGUUUUGUUCGAACACGUUGUAUGAAUGUGUUGUCAAAGAUAAAAUGGAUCUACUGGAAGAUUAUCUCUUUAUUGAAAAUGCUGUACGUGAAGUGGAAAAUGGAGAGGUUUCUAGACACAGUAUACAGCAACUGAAAUUCUUGUAUAAUUAUUACGAUACUGUUCAUAGUGAUUUAAUCGAACGUGGUGCUGUAGAAAGGGAGCCGUUAAUCAACAAUAUUUAUCUUAUGCAAACAAAAUUACGAUUGGAAAAAAGGUUGAAACGUUCGCAGAAAAUUUCACGAUUGAGCACUGACGCUGAAACUGUCUCAUAAAAACUCUUCAACUAACGUUCAAUCAAGAAGAUACAUAAGAGGAAGAAAAUAAUGUUAAAGUGGUCAGAAGUGGAACCUUAAAAGUCAUCUCAGGUUAUCAAGAAAAUGUAAAUAUAUUUUUUAUAAUGCAAUAUAAUUCAGUAUAUUUCGAAA